CAUAUGCCCCAGACCCACCCAACCUGCUCCAUCACAACAACAAACCAAAGAAAAUCAGCACACGCGUGGAGGCGGAGCAGCAGCAAAGGAAGACCCCGUCUCCCUCCCAAGGCCUCGCGAUGUCCUGCACGGUCGCCAUCCCGAGCUCGCCGGUAUUCUCUCCGUCGCGCCGCUCGCUCUCCUGCAAGGCCGCCUCCGCCUCGCCGGAGACCGUCUCCAUCUCGUCACCCGCGCCGCCGGCGCCCACGGCCGGCUCGCCGCUCCGCCCGUUCGGGCUACUACGCGCCCAGAUCCGCGAGGAGGCCUCUCCGUCUCCUAAGACGUCCUCUGCGGCCGCCUCCGCCCCUGCCGGGUCAGUGCUGAAGAGGCGGCGGCCGGCGCCGCUCAUGGUGCCAGUCGAUGGCCCGGCGGCUGCUGCCGCCGCUGCGGCGGCUGUGGCUGCGGUGGAGUCGGAUCCAAGGAACGAGGUGGAGGAGGAAGGGGAUGAGUUUGCGGUUUACUGCCAAAGGGGGAAGGGAAGGAGAAGGGUGGAGAUGGAGGACCGGCAUGUGGCCAAGGUUGCGCUCGGCGGAGACCCCAAAGUGGCGUUUUUUGCUGUAUUCGAUGGUCACGGCGGAAACAGCGCGGCAGAGUUCGCUGCCGAAAACAUGCCCAAGUUCAUGGCGGAGGAGAUGAAGAAGGUCGGCGGCGGUGACAAUGGCGAGAUUGAGGGGGCUGUGAAGAAGGGCUACCUGAAGACGGACGAGCAGUUCCUCAAGAGGGAGGAAAGCGGCGGCGCAUGCUGUGUCACCGCAUUGCUCCAGAAGGGCGGACUCACCGUGUCCAAUACAGGAGAUUGCCGGGCUGUCCUCAGCCGGGCAGGAAAGGCGGAAGCGCUCACCACUGAUCACCGUGCCUCCCGUGACGACGAGAAGGAAAGAAUUGAGAACCUGGGUGGAUUCGUGGUGAAUUACCGAGGAACAUGGCGAGUGCAGGGCUCUUUGGCAGUGACAAGAGGGAUAGGGGAUGCACACCUCAAGCAGUGGGUGGUGGCUGAUCCAGACACGAGGACACUCCUUGUCGACCAACACUGUGAGUUCUUGAUACUGGCCUCUGACGGCCUGUGGGACAAGGUUGAGAACCAGGAAGCCGUGGACAUCGCCAGGCCUCUCUGCAGCAACAACGAAAAGGCUUCUCGCAUGGCUGCCUGCAGGAGGCUUGUCGAGACAGGAGUUUCCAGGGGCUCAACCGACGACAUCAGUGUCGUGAUCAUACAAUUGCACAAGUUCUCAGCUUCUUCUUAACUUAAUUGCCGGAUGGACUGGCCUCACCUGGAAGUAGCACUAACAGAGUAGUGGUCAAUGAGAUGAGGAGGAUACCAUAUGUUACUUCUUAGCAAGCAUGAUUUUAAGGUGCUUGCACUAUUUUGCUGGGAUUUCAGCAUUCUAUUUUUUUGCAGCACCAUUCUUUGUGUAGUUAAAUCAAUUCCAUUCAUUCUUUGAUUCUGAUGUAAUAAGGUGGAGUUAGUACUCACCUCAUUCUUUGCCUAUGUACAUGGUUGACUGGCCGUUCUUUCUAGAUUCAUUUAUUCAAUAUACUUAUUAAUAUAUAUACUCCAUUUCAUGAA